UGCUCACUCUCACACUCAACCAUAACAACUUUGUUUUUGUUUCUAUUCACCUCUCUUGCUCUCUUUGCAAAUCAUCAAUAUUCUCCACUUUCUUCCAACUUUGGUAUAGCCUGCAGAAAUGGAUAGCCUUCCAAAAUUCCCAGCAAAUCACACACCACUCACCCCUUUAACAUUUUUGAAGAGAGCAGCUGCCAGCUAUCCAAACCGUGUCUCAGUGAUCCAUGAAGGAAUCCGUUUCACUUGGUCUCAAACUUAUGAACGUUGCCGCAGACUUGCUUUCACCCUCCGUUCUCUCAAUAUUGCAAAGAAUGAUGUUGUAUCAGUGCUGGCUCCUAACAUCCCAGCAAUGUAUGAGAUGCAUUUUGCGGUUCCUAUGGCGGGUGCUGUGCUGAACACCAUCAACUCGCGUUUGGAUGCAAAGAACAUAGCCACUAUUCUAAGUCACUCUGAAGCCAAAAUCUUCUUUGUAGACUAUGAAUACGUCAACAAGGCGCGAGAAGCCCUCAGAAUGCUCGUGGUUCAAAAGGGUGUCAAACCAAAUUCAACCGAACAGGACUAUUCAACUCUUCCACUUGUCAUUGUCAUAGAUGACAUCAACUCUCCCACCGGCGUCCGGCUAGGUGAGCUGGAAUAUGAGCAGAUGGUUCACCGCGGGAACCCAAAUUAUGUUCCCGAGGAAAUCCAAGAAGAAUGGUCUCCCAUUGCUUUGAAUUAUACCUCAGGAACAACAUCAGAACCCAAAGGUGUUGUCUAUAGUCAUAGAGGAGCAUAUCUAAGUACUCUGAGCCUCGUACUUGGAUGGGAAAUGGGUAGUGAACCGGUCUACCUUUGGACGCUGCCAAUGUUCCAUUGCAAUGGGUGGACUUUCCCAUGGGGUGUGGCCGCGCGAGGCGGUACUAAUGUGUGCAUUCGCAAUUGCGCAGCGAGUGACAUUUACAGGAGCAUUUCCCUGCAUAAUGUCACCCACAUGUGCUGCGCGCCAAUCGUGUUCAACAUCAUCUUAGGCGCCAAACCGAGCGAGCGCAAAGUGAUCAGAAACCGGGUGAACAUACUCACAGGAGGAGCCCCGCCGCCUGCGUCACUGCUCGAGCAAAUUGAGCCCCUCGGGUUUCACGUGACGCACGCGUAUGGGCUCACUGAGGCGACUGGGCCUGCCCUUGUGUGCGAGUGGCAGCAGCAAUGGAACCGUCUUCCGAAGCAAGAGCAGGCUCAGCUGAAAGCACGUCAAGGGGUGAGUGUGCUGACACUUGAAGAUGUUGAUGUGAAGAACCUUGACACCAUGGAGAGCGUGCCGCGAGAUGGGAAAUCAAUGGGGGAGAUUGUGUUGAAAGGAAGUGGGAUCAUGAUGGGUUACUUCAAAGACAAGAAAGCAACUUCAGAAGCCUUUAACAAUGGUUGGUUUCGAACCGGGGAUGUUGGGGUGAUACAUCCAGAUGGGUAUUUGGAAAUCAAGGAUAGAUCCAAAGAUGUGAUUAUAUCAGGAGGGGAAAACAUAAGCAGUGUGGAAGUGGAGUCUGUUCUGUAUCGCCAUCCGAGGGUGUUGGAGGCGGCGGUGGUGGCGGUGCCGCAUCCUAAAUGGGGGGAGAGUCCUUGUGCCUUUGUGUCAUUGAAGAAGGAUUCAUCAAAUGAUCAUGUGACUGAGGGGGAUAUAAUUGGGUUUUGCAGGAAGAACAUGCCACACUUCAUGGUUCCAAAGAUGGUGAAGUUUAUGGAGGAGCUGCCAAAGACUUCAACUGGUAAGAUUCAGAAGUUUGAAUUGAGAGUUAAGGCUAAGUGCUUUGAGGUCUCAGAGAAUCUGCAAUCCAAGAACGACAACAAGUCUAGCCAAGUCAAUCAAAAUAAUCAGCACAUUUUAGCUGUGUCUCGUCUUUGAAUGUACGUGUUGAGUUUCUUUCUUAAUUUUCUAAUGUAAAAUAAUGCAAUAGUACUGUGUACAUAUCGAGUGAGAGCUAUUUGCUAUUUUGCUGCUUAUAUUCUUGGGGAUUUCUAACUUCUGUACUAUUUAGGCUAAGCUAAAGUUACAAGUUUGUGUUGUCUCAGCUUGUUUUGCGGCAGAUCAGAGCCAAAAUAUAAAUAAUUUUUUCCACCA